GAAAGUUCUUACUUCAGGGAAUGGAAUGGUUGGUGUUUAGGGAUCGAGUAAAAUUGCCCAUCGCUUUCUUCGUCGUCCUGCCAUCUGGUGUUAGUUCACGUUUCCGGCUGCACGAUCACAUUUGACAGAAUGGCAUUGACUCGCUCAGCAGUACGACUUUUCUCCAACCGGUUUGCUCAGGCCUGCCAGGUUCGCGGAUAUGCUGAUGCACCUUCAAUGUCCCUUACAUUCGCAGCACCUUCCCAGGUUCUGUAUAACAAUGCCUCUGUCAAACAAGUAGAUGUGCCAUCCUUCAGUGGAAGUUUUGGUAUUCUGCCCGCCCACGUACCCACCUUGGCUGUUCUGAAGCCUGGUGUAGUCACCGUCUACGAAAAUGAUGGUGCUGCCAAGAAAUUCUUUGUUUCCAGUGGUACCGUCACCAUCAACGAAGAUUCCACAGUGCAACUGCUGGCGGAAGAAGCCGUGCCAGUCGGCGACCUCGACAUCAGCGCAGCCAGGGAGCUUUUAGCUCAAUCCCAAAGCCAGUUGGCUUCAGCAUCUUCUGAUGUGGCAAAAGCUGAAGCUGAAAUCAGCAUCGAAGUAUCCGAAGCCUUGGUUAAGGCUUGCGAAUAAAAUGUCGGGAGUGGAAAGAGAAACCCUAAUAGUGUGAAUAGCUUGUAUCGAUGGAAUUGGAAGUACACUGGAGAGAAAACUA